AUCUUUUUCGUGUUCCUUGUUGUCUUUGUGAGAUCAGCGAAUUUUCUAAGCCGCAACCAUGGGUCGUAUGCACGCACCUGGUAAGGGUAUUUCUCAGUCGGCAUUGCCGUAUCGUCGCAGUGUACCAACCUGGUUGAAGUUAACCGCUGAUGAUGUUAAGGAACAGAUUUUCAAACUUGGUAAAAAGGGUCUCACUCCUUCACAAAUUGGAGUCAUGCUCAGGGAUUCACAUGGUGUUGCGCAAGUACGAUUUGUGACUGGUAAGAAGAUCCUAAGAAUCAUGAAAGCUAUGGGUUUGGCCCCUGACCUUCCCGAAGAUCUCUAUUAUUUGAUCAAGAAAGCUGUUGCUAUGAGGAAACAUUUGGAACGUAACAGGAAAGACAAGGACAGCAAAUUCAGGUUGAUUCUUGUUGAGUCUCGGAUCCACAGAUUAGCUCGCUACUACAAGACCAAAAGUGUCCUUCCACCCAACUGGAAAUAUGAGUCUAGCACCGCUUCAGCCCUGGUGGCUUAAGUUUAAAUAAACUACUUUUAAAUAA